AUGACAUAUGACAUUGUUUGUUUGAUAUACAUACAAGUUUUUAAUUUUUUGAAAAACUAUAAUUAAUUUCUCAACGAGUAUAGUUAUUUUGUAGAUCAGAAUGUUUUCUAUUAAAGAAGAAAAAGAACAAAAGCCAGAAAUUGCAGACCCUCCCCAAAAAUCAUCCAUGGAAAUAUUAUCAGAACUGUUCAGCACAUUCCAUGCAGAACCUCCAGUUAUAGUGAAAAAAGAAAAAACAGAGGAAUCUAACAAAAAGCACAAGAAAAAGAAAAAGCAUAAGAGCAAAGAAAAAAAACAUAAGAAAAAAGAUAAGAAAAGAAAAAGAUCUACUAGUACUUCAUCAAGUUCCUCUGAAAAAGAUGAUAAAAUGGACUUGGCACAAAUCCUAAUCAAACAAGAAAAAGAACUUGCAGAAAGGAAGAUAAAACAAGAGCUGAAGAAAGUUAGAACACAAAGUUCAGAUGAGAAUAAUGAAGAUGAUAUUAAGAAAGAAAAGAAAAAUGCUAAAGAAAAAGAAGCUGAGGAAGAAUUUAAGCCUAGUUCUAUUAAUAAAAAUAAAAUUAUUAUCAAAGAUAUUAAAUUUAAAUCCUUGUUUGAUUCAGCCAUAAAUGAAAUCAAGAAGAAAAUUGAUGUCGAGGAAGGUGAACUUUCUACAGAUUCAAAUAGCUCAAAACAGCAUAAAAAAAAGAAACAUAAAUGCCACUCUAAAAGGAGAUCAAGAAGUACAAGUAGAGACCGCAAAGAUAAACAAAAGAGAUCCAAAAUAGAAGAUACAUCAGACAGAGAAAGAGACAGGCAUAGGAGACAUAGUAGGGAUAGAGAACAUACCAGGGAGAGAGAUAAAGAGAGACAUAGAGACACAAGUAGAAGUAGGGAUAAGGAUAAAGACAAAGAUAGGGAUUAUUACAAUGGAAGAGAUAGAAAUAAAGACAGGUAUAGGGAACGUCAGAGAUCGAGAGAUAGACAUAGGGAUGAAUAUUCAAGAGAUUUAGAAGACUACAGGAGGUCUAAGGGAAGACAUAAAGAUGAUGACUUUUACAAAAGAGAAGAUACAAAUGAAAAGUGGUUUAUGAGAGAUAGGUAUAGAGGCUAUGAUUCAAGAAGCAAGCAUAGAUCACCUUCCAAUGAAAGAGACUCCAAGUUUGACAAGAAGAAACUGUUGGAAAUUGCCAGACGGAAUGCAAUAACAAUGAUGAAAUCUGGAAGUCUACCUGCUGCGUUAACUCUAGGACCUCAAGCACAGGAAAAGGUUAUUGCUGCUAUUAAAUCUGGUGGGAAAACUAUUGAAGAAUUGACAGAUUUUUGUAAAACUCUUUCAAAGAAGGAAGAAUUAGGAGAAUUGUCUAGUCUUUCAGAAGGGGAUGAUAGUGACAGUGAUACAGACAAACCAUUUCAUCAUCCAUUUCAAAUUAAAGAUAGACCUACAUCUAUAACUAUGAAUAUUAAGAAUUCUGUACCGCUCCCAGUAAAAUCAGCUUUCGAACGAACCAGUGAGUUGCGCAUCCAGUUUCCAGUCAGCAGUGGCCAACACCACAGGAAAGGUGAGGAAUGGAUGCCUGUGUCACCACCAUCAGCCAAAAAACUCGACGGUCUACCUCCUUCAGCUGUUACAGCUGCUGCUACAGCUGCUGCUACAAGCACGGCCUCUAGCAACACCACUUCUACUAGUGGCAUUCCUUUGCCCUUAGAACCUCCUCCUGCUUCACCGGUUAUUCAAAGUCCUGAGAAGAUCCCGCUACCUACUGUUGCUCCUUCGAAGCCAUCCCUAUUACCUGUGAAAAAUGAUAAGAUCCCUACGGUACCGGCUCCGCCCAAUGCGCCACCCGGUCCUCAAGUUUUUCCGACGCAAGCUAGUAAGAUUUCCGUGGAUAUUGGAUCUAUUAUAUCCCAAAGACUUUCGGCAAUGAGAAAGUUACAAGAAAAUCCCAAUGACGUUCAGGCUUUAACUGAAGUCUACAAAUCAAACAAAGAAAUGCAGUCUUGGGCCACGAGUAAGCAACAGUUGGGUCAGUUUACUGGAUCGACGGGUGCUCAGAUUCUAUCUCAAGCUGAACUGUCUUCAGGCUACCAAGCAUGGGCCAAAAAGGACCAACUACAAACUGCAGCUCCCGUGUCGGGAGGCAUGGGUAUGCACCUACUCCAGAAAAUGGGCUGGAAACCUGGAGAAGGAUUGGGCAAGGACCGAACCGGUACAUUGGAACCUUUGUUAUUGGAAGUGAAGCUGGAUAAAAAGGGACUGGUCGCUAAUGAAGAACAAAAACAUAAGAAGAAACCCAAAGUACAGGGUAGCAUUAAAAAUUUCCUCGGGAAGCAUCCGGUAUCGUUACUGGGAGAAUAUGCUUCCAAGAAGAAGUUGGGGGCACCGCAAUAUAUUUUGGAAUUCGAGUGUGGUCCGGAUCAUAAGAAGAACUUCUUAUUUAAGGUGCUCUUAAACGGUGUUGAAUAUAAACCAAAUGUAGCGGCAAACAAUAAAAAAGAAGCCAAAGCAGCCGCAGCUAGUAUGUGCUUACAACAGAUAGGACUAUUACCAGCAAAACCUCAAUCAUCAGCACAAGCCCAAACCACCACCUAAGAGUGUAUUUUUAUCAUAAGGAAUUAAGUAUUUUCAUAGUUGUUAUAAAAUAAAAUUGAACCAAUUAAAAAAAUCGGAUAUUCA